AUGGAGGUGUCUGUCUGUGUUUCCAGGAGGAAUCGUUUUGUUAGUCAGUGGACAGUGUUUACUGGUGCCAUCCGGCAGUCAUCGAUGGGAGUGCAGAGCUCCGUGGAUACGAUUGUUUAUCAUUCUGGUUACAAACCAUUCCUCGAUCCCGGUACUGAGGACAACAGUCACGACAUUGCUGUGAUGCAUCUGCAGGUUCCACUCAACUUCUCAGAUUACAUCCAGCCGCUCUGUCUCCCUGCAAUUGGCCAGAGGCUUGUUGAUGGGGCGUUGUGUAGCGUCACGGGAUGGGGAAACACAGAAUAUUAUGGUGUUCAGUCUGACGUGCUACAGGAGGCUUAUGUGCCCAUUAUUACCAAUACUCGCUGCAACAGCCCUGAAUAUUACCACAACCAGAUCACCCCAAGCAUGUUCUGUGCCGGUUACAAUGAAGGGGGUAUUGAUGCUUGUCAGGGAGACAGUGGUGGCCCCCUGGUCUGUGAGGACACUCUCUCCAAUCGAACGAGGUGGCGUCUCUGUGGGAUUGUCAGUUGGGGAACGGGCUGUGCGAUGGCCAACAAGCCAGGAGUUUACAGUCGAGUCACCCGCUACCAGGAGUGGAUUUACCAGGCCAUGCAGAUCUACAAGAACAAGGGAGGGAUCUACAGUUUGGAUUGAAGGAGCGUUUUGAAAUGCGGGAUAUCAGGGGUGGGAGCAGCACUUUCCCAGGGAUAUCUUGGUGCUACGGGAAGUUUCCAGCCUUCAGCAAUAUUUUUAUAUUUUGGGAAAAUGAAUGUACUUUUUAAAAAUAAGCCCAAAAAACCCACUGACUGGAGCAAUGUUUCAGGAGGGAGUACUUGCUGUUGAAUGUUUUCACUCUGAUCUUGAGCUGAGGUUAGAAUUCUCCGUUGAAAGAGCCAAGUUAGGAAUUUAAUCAGACAAUGGUCACUGCAGCUGCCUUAUGAGAUGGUGUUCAGAUGGGUUUCACGUGUCUGGCCUCGCUGCUGAGGGGUUGAAAUUUAUUUCUGGGGAUUUUCUGCUUUGGCACAGGGUAACUUCAGUGUAGCUCUCAUGGAUUUUAAUGUUUUUAAACAGAACAUUGUCUUCCCUUUUUUGUCUUUUUUCAGUUGUUCAUCCUCCUUUCAUUUAUCUACCAUGUGACUUCUCAGUUGGGAUGGUCUUAUAUUACAGGGUGAGGGGGGGGGUUGGGCUGAACCAGAUGGGUUUUGGGGUUUUGUUCACUUCCUCACCAACCUCCUACACAAAUGACAAAUACCCCCACCCACCCUCCAAUGUCUCUGCACUGUUCUCCCUGCUCAGUCUGGGACCUUAUUUUUUUGUUUCUGACUGUGUGUGUGUGUGUGUGUGUGUGUGUGUGUGUUUAAAAGCUCAUUUGCUGUAGUCUGGGAUCUGUGAAUCAGAUAGUUACUGGGUGAGUUUUUUUGAGCCUCAUCUAUGCUUUUUGUCCUCCCAACACUAAUCCCACUCUCCCCCCUCACUCCGCGCUCCCUUUUAAUAUCCCACCCAGUCUAAUCCCACUCUUCACCCCCACCUUCUCACUCCCCGCACCCUUUAAUAUCCCUCCCAAUCUUCCUGUGCCUUUACCCCUCCCAGUCUAUUUUCUACCCCCCCCGCCCCCCAUCACUGGGACCCCCUUGGACCUGGGACUUGGCCUGUUGCUGUUCAGCGUCGAUCCUGUCCCACUACAAGCUCCCACCCUGAAAUCUCAUCCCAGUGCCCCCUACCCUGAGGAAUCUGUUUCUUCCCCUCCAGUGUGGCCACACAAUGAGAGAAAUCGGGCUAGCUGCGUUUUAAAAGCCCACGUUAAAUCAAAAACGCUGCUUCUUAAAUAUUUAUUCGUCGACUUAAUGCUCAAUGGAGAUGUACCAUCAAUUGGUUGAUUGUGGUAAUUGUUCAAAUGUUUUAUAUUUGCACAGGAAUAAGGCAAAGAUGGAUAAAUUUCCUUCCUCUGUGUAUUGUCUGAGAAUUGCUUGUUCAUUGUAUUUGUAUAUUGACUGUGUAUUUAAAAUUGACAAGCUUUGUUGUAAUUUUGUUGUGAUUUUUAAAACACUCUCUCUCUGAUUUGAA